AUGGCUCUUCAACUGCGACCUACAAUUGGUCGACACAAGACCCCUCGAACACCUCCAGCUGUCCGUCACAAUGGCUACAGUCAGCUACUUUCUCCACCACAGACUUCGGUCAUCUCUGGCUCGAGUCAAUGGAACCUAGCACGAGCUCGGCUGGCAAACACAUUUUCCACGCCCAUCAAAUAUGAAGAUGAGCCUACAUUUUUUACAUCACCUCAAGUGGCCGCUUCGCCUAUCAAAUAUGAACAUGAAGCUACGUUCUUCACAUCACCUCAGUUCACCUGCUCGUUUGAUACGCCUAUCAAAGACGAAGAUGAGCUUACGAUGUUUACACCACCGCAAGCAGCGAAUUCAUUUAAUACUACUAUCAAGUAUGAAGAUGAAGCUACAAUGUUUACACCAUAUCAUGUAGCCAGUUCAUUCAAUACACCUACCAAACAUGAAGAUGAGCCUACAAUGUUUACACCACCUCUGUUGACGAGACUGUCAGAAUUCGAAGAGGAUUCAAACGGGUUUGUCGAGGGACUGUCGAGCGAGGAUGAAAGUGAAGAUUUGCCAUCCACGCCUGGUCCAAUCUCACAGUCCAAACCAAAUCGCUGCUCUGCGAAUUCUCCCACUAUCAAAUUAAGAACAUCUGCUGACAUUGACGAUGACAACGUCAGUUCCGAAGAGGAUGACCAAUGGACAAACCUUUGUCAAGAUUUGUUUGGCAAAGAUCUUCCUGCUGAUGAUAAUCCUGAGCACAAAGUAGAAUUGCAAUUCAAGAACGAGCAGAUCGAGACUGAAGAUGUAGAAAUGGAAGAUUCGGUCCCCAUGAAGAAAGAGGAACCUACUUCCGUUACGCUCUUGGUCAAUCAGCGAAACUGCAACCUGAUCGAUGCCUACACUCAUUCGCCUUCUCACUUCAAGAAUGAGCCAGAAACUUCAUGCGUCAAGAAGGAAACAAUCGGUGAUACGCAAACAGAACCAUGUUUUUCAAAAUCAUCGGCUCCUGUUGAUCUAGCUUCCGUCAAAACAGAGUUACUUCCGGCUCUUACAAUUAAGGACAGAAUCGAAGCAGACAAUCGUGACAUCGAUGCCGCUCGCAUCAAAGCCGAGAAAAAAUCUCGGGGCAGAAGCGUUCUUGGUCGCGUGGGAUCGAUGAAAGUGGAGGAAGUCCGCGAAACAGUUCCUUCCGGCCUUGGAAUCUCAGACGCCAGACUACCUCGGGACAUUGAAAAUAAAGAGUGUCGAAGACCCUCUGCGAGACCUUUUCGUAGAUCAAAGUAUUCUUGGUUCACGAAAGUCAAGUCUGACCAAACCACGAAACCCGCUGUCAAACAUUCAGUUCGCCAACUACCUCCACUUCUUGGGUUGGGAAUCUCCAAUGCUACUUCGGAAAAAGAGGAGUCGAAGGAUGAGGCGUUUACUCAGAAGAAUUUCUAUUGCCCAGAAAGUCUUGGACAAGGUAUCAAGACGGAAAAGAUAGGUGUGAAGGUCGAAAAGACUGUCAUGGAUGGCGAUAAGUUUGCUGGCGUAAUGUCGGUACGAACACCACCACUGUGCUCAACUCAAUCGCCUGACUCUUCGGUGUCGUCUGUUGAGGGGUGUGGUGAGCUCAAAACGGCAGCCUCACCAACCCUCCUCCCUUCGAGCGAGAAGGCAGUUUUGAAAAGAGCCUUUGGAGACUCCGGUCUGGAAAGCGACAGCGAGCUUCAUACGAAAAGACUAUGCUACAGAACCAAAACAGUGGAUCACACUACUCAUGAUGAUUUUGGCGAGUCUAAAGCUUUGAAGUUCUCUUCUGCUCAGAAAGAUCGAGGAAAGAUCCAAGCACGCUCAUCGACUCCACUCGUCUUCCUCAAACAAUUUGGAGGCAAUCAAGUUGUCUUUGGCGGGAAGAAGAAAGCAUGCAAAUCAUCAGAGUCGAUUCCGGUGUCGCCUGAAAUCACAUCUCGAGGAUGGACUGCAGUCUCGUCUAGAGACACGUCUUCCUCUGUUGAUUCAAAGAAACGUGCCCGAGACUUGACUUCCAUAUCCAAUGACCAUGAGGUAGAUCUAUAUGACAUAGAGCUAAUUUUGCCCACUCGUUUCAAGGAGUCCUCAUCAAAACGAAGACGGACUAGCAUAGCCGAAGACUUCAAUUCUGCUUCAGCAAGUAAAGGCAAGAAACUAACCACUUCAAACCUUGAAUUCAACAACAACAUUACUCCACGUCUCUUCUCCGAAUAUAUGGAAACUACUCCUGCGAAAGCCUACAAGUAUCACAACAACGUCCUCGGUCCUUGCAACCCCCGUCUUCUAGCUUUGAACGCCGCAUGCGAUGCAUUUCAAGCCAAGAUGCGUGUUCCACCAAAGAGUCCAACUCCUGACGCCGCUAGCGAAGUGAGCAGCGAUACGUUGUGUCUUGGUGAUGGAGAAGGUGGAAGUACAUGGGAAGGUUGUAAGGACUCUGAUGAAGAGAGAAAGUGGGGGUUUGAUGCUCUCUGGGGAAGUGAUGAGGAAACUGACCAAGGAGGAUAUGUUGAGUCAUCUGAGGGAGAGGGAGGUUUGAGAGUGGAGAGUCCUACUCCUGGUCUUCAAAAUUCCACAGUCCAGGAAGCUGCGCUCGCAUUUGCGUUCUGA